UAUAAUCCUGGUUUGUAAAUUGUAAGCAUUGUUGUUAGCGAUAAAUGAUACUCAAUGGGAACUUGAAAAUAUAUCACCAUUAUCGGUCAAAAUCACUUAAAAAUUAAAUGUCGGCUCACUCAGAAUUAUGCACUUUUUGACAGUUCAUCAAAUAAUUAAUUAUGCCUGGGGGACGAAGGAUCUUUUCAAGAAUUCAGUCUGGGAAUCCGUAUGCGUCUGGGAAAGGCUCAGGAACAAGUGGAAGGCAAGCUGGCCAAUUAUUAAAACUUUAAAUGAGAAUGAGAAAGCUAAUUAAUAAAUUAAUUAAUUAUUGCAUGUUCACUAAGGGUUAAGACUAAGGCAACCUUCUUUGGUUUUAGAUUAAGGCAAAUUUAAAAAAAAAAAAAAACUAAUUUCAAGCCAGGGUAUAGAUAACCUCUGGACUGGAGUGGGUGAAACAUAAAUAAGAGUUUUAUUAAAUUUUUUGAAUGGAGUUGAAUAAUGAUUCCAUUGAAAUCUAAUCAUUCUAAUGUCAAGUCAAGAAAUCACUACAAAUUUGAAAUUAUAAAUAAAUUCAGUGAAUAAGUGGUGUAUUGUAGUUGUGGGCCAUAAUGGCUUAAUAUUUUAAAUAUUCCUGCUAAAGGCUAAAGGCUAACUAAAGCCUACUCAAUCUCAAUCACUGAAAUUACUCAUUGAUUGAAUUAUCAUUUGUAUUUUUAUAUUUAUGAUUAAAUUAUGUUUAAAAAAAUAAAAAUAGUUUCAUUUCAGACUUAGACAUGGUUUGAAUUAAAGUAGAAAGCAUUAGGUUGUGACUCUGAAUACUUUAAAAAGUAAAAGUAAAAUCAAUAAAAAUCUGUUCACCACCAAUCUGUUCAUCGGACCAAUAGGCCACCUAUAUCAUACUAUAUUAUAUUAAACUGUACAUUUUCUCAUUUUAUUUCCAAGUCAUGGACCUGAAGAUCGAGAUGGAAAUAUUGUCCCGUUGGCAUCUAUGGUUGUUCUACCCAAGCAUAGCCAACUGCCUGACAUACCUGGUGACGGCAACCUUUACUUUGAAUGUAUGCUUUUUGUCUUUGGCAUAAUAAUGAUGUGCCUGCAGUAUAUCAAUCUCUACAAAACUGUAUGGUGGCUCCCUCAGUCACAUGCACAAUAUGCAUUGGUAACUUUUACAUAUUUUUUAUUCCAAAUAUUAUUUUCUAAAGUUUAAGCCGUAGCAUUAUUUUGGAAAGAAUUGAUUCCUAAAUUAUGGCAUCAUAUACUAAAAAAAAUUGUAAAAAUCUGCUUGGUUCUUUCUUAAAAUAUAUAUAAUGAAUUGUUUUUUUUACUGAAGGAAAAAGUGUUUUUUUCUAAUUUACAUAGGUUUAGUGAUUAGGAUUUUCCCCUUAAAUUCAUAGAAGUUUAAGUUAAAGGGUGUUUAGAAGAUUUAUAGGGAUUUCGUUUCUAACUUUUGGUAAUUGGGGUCAUCACCUUAUUUUAUUGUCACACAAUCAAUGAGGAAGGAUUUUAAGAAGAAUUGUUAUCUAUGUAAAAAUUUGAACAGCAGAGGUGGCGCUGGGGGGUUGCAGGAUUGGCUCACACUAUAUUUUGAUGGUUGUUGUUUUCAGGAAUACAUCUGUAAAACAAACUAAUUUAUUUGUAAAAAUUUCAAUUGUAAAACAAUCCACAAUUGAAGAUAAAAAAGAAAUUUGGCAUAAUUUGAUAAGUAGAAAAGUAUCAAAAUUUAAAUAAUAUAUAAAUACUAAAAUAUUUUUCAUUGCUUAUUUUGCGGUAAAAUUAUUCGCGGUCCACUCUCCUUGGGUCUGAAAGACUUUGCUUCCUCUCUGGGGAAAGUUGUUGCAUUACACCCCCCCCCCCCCCCCCCCCCCCCCCCCCAUAAGUGGCCGGGGAAUUUUGCUUCGGGAGGAGAACCUCCCUACUAGUCAGGCACGCCACGUAGAGGCUAACCUCAUGUGACACCUCCGAAUUGCCUCGGUGGUGCGGGACUCUGAGUUAGAGGCGUUCAGUUGUCGUCACCCCUGCGCGUUGUGUCUACAAACAUUUCUAAUUAUCACUGACAGAUAUAAUUAUUAUUCUUGAGAAUUAAAUAGAUUUAUAGUGAGUUAUAUUAAAGUACUGUAUCACAUUCAUCUUAUGGGAUUUGAGUCAUUAUUUUUGCAGUUUAUAUUUUUUGAAGUCAUUCAUCUAAUAAUAUAAAGUGAAGCAUGUGAAAAUCAGGACUCUUCAUUUCAUUUCACAAGUUGUAUACAUGACGUUCAAAUUAGAAAACCUGGACUAAUAAUAAUUAGUAAGGUUACAUCUUUGUUGAAUCAAAAAUAUCUGCCACUAUGACCACUUCUCGCCACUGUUCAGGUAACAGAGGCUUGUCAUCCACAUAUUCUGAUAAAAUCUGUUGUUUGAAAGUGGAUGACAUCAGUACUAUUACUAUUACUGCUAGUUUAAGUAAUAGUAAACUGUACAAGUUCAAUAGUUUUAGCAAAUUAUUUGAAUAAUACUCUCGCACUUACUGUAAAUGUUUUCCAGCUUUAGUUCAGGGCAAUGCUCCCUUUCUGGAUGCCACUGUUAAUACAUUUGUUGCAUCAACUUUCAACAUAGUUGUCCACAUGUGUCUUAAUCAGAUGCCUGAAAUAUAAAGCGAAUAUAUUUUAUCAAAUUACAGUGUUUCAAUUAAUUCUAGAGAUUUACUAGCAGUAUCUCUCUAAUGGGGGCCUUAUCCUGAGCCGCUUGGCUCAGUCGUAGUAAGAAAUCAGCGUAUAGGCACUCAAAAAGUUAGUCAAAAUAAACAAAAUCAGGCUGUAAACAUGAAACAGCUUACUGAAUCACAAAGCAAAAUGGUGCAACGAACAAAAAAACCAUUGCACAGCUUCAGUUUUUUGCAAAAUCAUUAUUUAAUUUCAAGCAGAUACAGUUGGCUUAUGGGACAGAAGUGGAAAAUCUGCCAGCCGAUACUGUCAGCUCUCAGGAGUCAAAGAGUUAAACAAUUGAAAUUAAAAUUUUCUGUUUUCUCAUAAAUUACUGAAAUUUUAAUUGGGUAAUUCAUAGGAAUGUUUUCAUGAUUACAUUGAAGAUUUGAAUUAUGCUUUAUAAAUGUGUUACAUACCGUUAAAAGGUUUAACAAAUUUAAUCUGUUUUAAGGUUUGGCUCGUUGGUUGAAAAAUGAAUUUCUUAAAAUUUUGUACUUAUCUAAAAUAGCCUCGAGUGGGUACCCUAAUCUUAAGGAAAACAAAAUUAAAAGGAUUUUAAACAUUAUUUUAUCAAAGACUGAAGUCCAAUAGAUAAAUAAAGAGGGUGUAACUUUUUCUAUCCUCAGAAGCUUACUUACAUUAAUUAUUUAAUGUAUUGUGAUCAUUUCUGAAAUGUUUUUUGCUCUUCAUUUUUCAGAACUUUUACUUGAUAGACUUCCAUCUUGUUGGUCUCAUUUCUUUAGUGUUAGCAGCUCGCUUUCUCAUUUGCUUUGUUCAAGAGGUAUUAAUUAUUCAUUUAUUUUUUCCCCAAAAAUUUUAUGCUGCUCUAAUUUAUGAUAAAUUAAUUCUGAUUCAGUAUAAAUUUGUAAACAAAAAUUAUUUAUUGUUUGCUUUAUAUUUGCUGGCCCCUUUUAUCCAGCCCCCAUUUAACCUUAUUGGAGUAACAUAUUUUUAACAAAAGUUUUAGUUAGGUAAUGAAAUGGUUUAAAUAAGUUAAAUGCUGAAAUAUAUAUUAUACAAGUAACAUGGAGAUGAGAAUUUUGUUGUUGUUAUUCAUUCAUGCAGUGAACAAAUAAGGUUUUUUUUUGCACUCACUGACUCAAUCAAAAUGUAAACAAAGUUUUAUUUAUUUAAUCUUUAAAAUAUACAGGUUCAUAGCUCCAAAAUAUUUUUUUGGUUUGUACAAGGUGUUAAAGGGAUACUAGUCCUGUCUGCCAUCAUUGGCUUGAUAUUCACUUCCUACAAAGUAAUACUAGAGCACGGAUUAAAGACAUGUCUGUUUCUGUGCUAUCCGUAAGUAAUUUUAUGUUGAUCAUAUUUUACAAAUUAGGUCAGUCAAGUAACAAAAUUAAGUAUUUUUCACAUGAGCCUUUAAAAAAAAUUAAUAUAUAUGUAAAAUAUUGUAUGUAUGCCAGGACCAAAGGGUGUCAAACUUUAUGAAUCUAAGAGAACCCAUUUUUAUAAUAUCGUUUAAAAACCCAAAUAUACCUUUUGACCAAAAUUUAAGAAAUGAUGUCCUAGGUUUUGGUAUGCAUGUUUUAUGUCAUGUUAAACAAGUAUAUGUAAGGGUAGUCAGUUUAACAUAACAUAAUAUUUGGGUUUGUAUAGCAAGGAAAUAGCAAGUACAUGUAAGGGUAGUCAGCUAUUACCCUAAUAAAAUGAAUUAUUGCUAUCUUCUCUCUUUUCAUUUUCUCUCCAAGUCCCCUUACGCUUUUUCCAUUUUGCAUUGUCUAUCUAUUUUAUAUUAGCAUAGUAAUAGUUUAGUGGCGCUGUUACAAAGUUCUAUAGAACUGGUGGACAAAGUUCAAGCGUUAGUUAAUAUUUUGUUGUCCCUCGCCGGGUGAGUGUUAAAGAAUAAAAUAUUAAAUAUUAUUGCCCUGUGAGUUAUAUGUUUAAGCAAUUGUCUUUUUUUAUUUGUCUUUGAUCACUAUUCAGCCUCAAGAUAUAUUGGCUAGAAAAUGUGCACAAAAGACGCCGACCGAAUUUCGGCUUUGGUUUCAUGGCCGAAACAGAAAAGUUAACGUUUCGUUUAAAUCUCAUUAAGCUUUGGGUUUUGACUGAAAGUCUCAUUAAAAUUUUGGUUUAUGUUUUAUUUUCGGCCGAAAGUGAUUUUUAACUUUGGGUCUUGUUUUGGCUUCGUCCAUAAUCAGAAAAUCACUUUCGGUCGGUCUCUAAUGCAGAAUAAUUAAGACUAGAAUUUGUUCACGAAUAAUUUAUUUGAAAAUAAAUUUUCAGUGCUGUGAUCUACUUGAUUUUAUUUGGCUUUGCAAUAAAGCCACUUUAUCAGCGUUAUCAAGCAUGGCCAAGACCAGCUUUGGGAAUAGACAAACAGUCAGGACCACAAAGAUUUAAAGUCAAAGUAAGACUCAAGGCUUUUGGUCACCAUUCAAGAAAAUAUGGAGAUUCACCACACAUUUUUAUCUGCUUUUUAAUACUCCAACUCCAAAAGACUUUUUAAUCUAAUAUAUUUAAAGGGUUAUGCCUACUGCCAGUCCAUCUCCAUUCUCAUCAAAGCAAACUAGUUAGAUUCAUUCAAUGUAACCAUUUCGAUAAAAUUUUAAGAGUUGUUUUUUUUGUUACUAUACAUUCAUUUUUGUUUAAAAGUUGACAUUUCAAUGUUAAUGAUUCUGAAAUGUGAAUCCUAAACUUGAAAAAUGUUGGCAGGAUGUAAAAAUGUGGGAUUGGUGUCUUAUUGGAUCCCUACAGCCUAAAUAUUUGGUCUGUUAAUAGAAGGAUGAAACUUUCAUUAUUUUUGUCUAUAGGAUGAUGCUCCUUUAGGACACACAUGCACCCUUACACCAGAUAUUGUAAGAGAAGAAGUAGAUAUACUCAAAAAGGACUUCAACAGCAGACUUAAGCAGGUUCUCUUUAACUCACUGACCACAUCUUUUUAUGCCACCGGAGUUCCUGUCUGGUUUUCUCAGGUAAGGAGCCACCCAUUGUACAUUUCUCCUGUGGGUAAUCAUGAUUACAUUAUUCCCACUCACCUUGCAAUAGAUAUUAGAAUGACAUUCUAUUUAAAACCAUGACAGUUUCUAUCAUAGAUCACCAAAGUUUCUAAAGGUACAAUUCUUAUUCAUCAUUGUCGGAUUUCUGUUAGUUUUGUCAAUCAGAAAAAAGUAUGUCACUAGAUCUUUGAGAACAAAGGAAUGCUACUGUCAAAGUAUUUCAUUUCCUUAUGACUGUUUGUUACCUCUUCAUUUCUAUGUUUUGUUAAAAAGAGAAAGAAAAGAAAAGCAUUUAUCAACUCUAUAACUCCUAAAUUACUCAGAGCAAAAAGGAAAAAAAAUUAUAGAUGCAAUUAAAUUUUGUAAAAUUGUUUGCUAAUUGAUUUAUAACUGAAGCUAACAUAGCUAAUUCUAAUAUUUGAUACAUAUUGCAUGGUUAGAAUGCACACAGUAAUUGUGAUGCAUGCUGGGUAAGUUUUAAUUUUUUCACAUCAUUUGUUGUUAAAAGACUCUUUUUAUGGAUUGUUUUUCGAGUGAGUUAUGAUAAGAGAAAAAAAUUAAAUUGAUUUACCCAAAGAAAAUUGAUGAUCAUUAUCAAUAUUAUUCAUUUAUAAAUCAUUGAUUGCAAUAAAUUAAAUCUUUUGAUUUUUGCUAUAUUUUUCACAACAUAAUUUAUUGUUAAAAUUGAAAAGCAAAUAGAAUUAAAAAUAAACUUCUUUUUUCAUUAUAAGAAGAGUCAUUCUUCACAGAAAUUUAUUUUCUGUAUUUGAGUUAAGCUUGUUUUUGUGUUUCAAAUUAUUUGUCUUUAAAUAUGUGUGACUUAAAGAUUAUAUGAAAUGGAGGAUUUUAAAUUGGAGCUACCUGCACUGAAUAUAGCAUAGACCUCACACUCACAUGCAAGAAAUAUAAUGCUGAGUUUUACCUUCACAAUUUUAACCCAAACUUUUUUGCUAUAAGUGUAUUUAUGAAACCAAAAAAAUCAAGCAAGUUUGUUUUUUUCAGAAAUGAACCAUCUUUAUUUCAUUUAAAGUUCUGGAAAAAUUUAAUGAAGUCUUCCAUUUCAAAACAUGUUAUGUGUUGUGUAUUAUCUCUAAGCAAAAAAAGUGUGACUUUUUUUUUCGUGCACUAUUACUAUUACAUCAAGAUAGUAUAUUUGAAACUUUUAAAUCAUAACUCAAAAUUUAAAAGCUUAAGUCAAAAUUUUAAAACUUUACUCAAUUUUUUUUUAAAUGCAUAAAUUGAAUAAUCCUGCAAAAUAUUUCUUAUUUAUCAAUUCUGCUUUUUAAAAUUAUUAUUUUUAUAGAUGUCUGGUGAUACUUACAAUAUGAAAAUUCAAAUAAUACUGAUUUAAAAAAAUAAAUAAUAACUGUACUUCAAUUUAAAUAACAUUUUGAGUGAAAAGACUUCCUUUUAAAAACUUAUUUCUUAUUGUAAUUUUGGCUGCAGAUAUUUUGUUCCUUUCAUGUGCUCUUGAUCUAGCAUGUUAAUAAAAUAUUCUCAGUGUGAAUAAAGUGUCAGUGCAUGAGCUUUUUAAUACAAUAUGAGGCUUAUAAUUAUUAACAAUUUAAAAUAUUUCACCAAAUUAUUUAUUACCAACAAAUCCUAAAAUAUAAUAGAGUGUUUUAAAGUUUUCUUUUAUAAUCAAUUGUGCUGAUUAGAGACCAUCAUAUUUGACAGAAGUUAAUUUUCUUUUUUUCCUUAUUCAAGUUUUUUUGUUAGCAAUAGCAGGCUAAGCUUAAAACAAAAAUAACUUCGGAAUCUUUAUAUGAAGUAACUGACAUGUUUCUCAUUUUAAAACAUCAAUUUAUCAUGACCAUAAUCUAACAAUAGUUUAAAUUCAAGCCUUUAUUAAGAUUUAAAAAUAGCUUUUUUUAAAAACAUGAUUAGCCUUUUAAUUAUUUUGUAAUACCAGUAAAUUUUAUGUACUAUUUUUGUUCAAAGAAGAUGUUUUUCCCCUCCUCAGAAUACAUUAUAUUAUGAUUCUUUGUGGAUGUGGCAACACGUAUGCCUCACUUGGCUUAGUGCAGUUCUUAUGUUGACAUGCCAUUUUCUCCCACCACACUACCUACAUCUCUUACAUAAAAGUGCCAGGCACCUUGGCAGAUGGCAGAGAAUGGAAGCGCGACAUGCCCAUGUGCCAUACAAUGCGUAAGUACUAAAAAAACAAAACGGGUUGAUAUGUUAUUGGGGCUCGGAUGCUCUUGCAAUUUUUAGUUGAUAAGGAUUUUUCAAAUAAUGUUCAAAUUGAAUUAAAAGUUUUCUAUUAUUUCUAUGUCUACCAUUAAUAUUUUAUCUAGGGAAUAUCCGAAAAUUGCCUUGGACAUUUUUUAACUCUGCCAAAUAUCCUGUUUUCUCCCAAAUAAUUGACCCAGCAAAUACUACUAUUACUACCAAUGUUUUGUGUAUUAAAAUGGGUGGAUUGGAGUUCAUUUCCCACCAAAGCCCAGAAAGUAAGAAAAACAUCAGCUGCUUAACGCUAACUUUAUACCCACACUAAAUAACAUUUGCUGCGCCAGUGCUCUAACAUGUUCACAUCCUCUCCAAAUGGAUAGAUCACUACUUUUUAUUUUCAUGUCAAAUUUUGAGGGGGAUUUUUUUUUUUUUUUAAAUUUUUUUUUUUGCACAGAUUAAUAGUAAUUUUGUUAAAAAUGGAUUCAGGGGAUAAAGUUGAAAGUAGAUAGCAAUUUAGAUCUAAUUGCAGGUAAUUAAUCAGUUAAUUAUGUUAUUAUUUUUUUGUUAGCUAUAGUAUUUGUAAUAAAGAUUCCUGUAUAUAAAUUAAUGAAGUAAAGUUAUUUUCAUUCUCACUUUACCAAAUUAUUGAGUUUACCAUCUUAUAACAUUAUUUUUCACCAUGUAGUCAUGUGUAUAGAACUGUUUUUUUACUCUAUGCACUAUAUGAUAUAAUGUGUUAAAAGUAAGGGUUCUCAUACGCAUUUUUAAGAAAUUUUUCAUUACUGGGCUAACGAUUAUUAUAGGCCUAUUAAUGCUGUUGCUAACAAUCGGCAAUCUAGCAUGUAACUCCGCAUAACACCAGUAAUGCCAGUAGCGCCGUUUUGAAGGGAUAUCGCAUUUGUUGCUUUGAUAUGACUGCAGUUCAUUUUAAAUAUAAUAAUUUAAACGAUUUUGACAUUUUUAUUUAAAAAUAAAUAUUUAAUUCAUUAAUUUAUUUAUAUAUAGUUAGAUCAAUAAAUCACGUGAUACGUAGACAUGGAAUUAUGUCUGGAACGCAUUAUAAUUGGUAAUAUUUGGUAAGUUUUAUCGCGAAUCAUGUACAAAUAGUACUUGGAAUUGUACCCGAAUUCUGCAAGUAGAGGUCCUAAAAAAACACAGAUUCGAUACGCUGUGAAAAUGUCUACUCGGCUGUUCCAUAAUUUCAUCAGAAUUGAAGAUAUGUGACUUUGGAUAUGUGACUUUGGAUAUGUGACUUCAAUAUUAACCCAUGAUCCUGCCUAAUCGGUCUGAGUGUUAAAAGUCUAUACCCCCACCAGACUGACAUUUUGGUCUCCUUACCAUAGAUCGUCAGUCCUUAAUAUCAAUUUUUUUUUUUUUAAUACUGAGGUUGGGGUUUACCAAGUGACUUGCGGAAGGUCACAGUAAUGGUGGCACCCAUGGAAGCAUUGCUUUUGUUAAGGUCUAGUCAUGUUUUUCGACGUAUAGAAGUGAUGAAAAGCAAACAUUACUAGUUGAAAGGGUGAAAACCAGAGCCGGCUAAUGACAAUGUAAAUGAGUUAAAGGAUAUAAUUGUGUUUUGAAAACGGAUAAUAAUUGAAGCUAAUACCAACAGACAGUGAUGGUGAAGAACAUUUGGACUUCCGACUUGUGAUGGUAGCAAAGUCGCUGAUGAUGGAAAGGAUUGGUUGGGAAAUAAAGAAAAGACAAAGACUGUCCCUAGCCCUAGCCCUGGUUUUUAUGAAAAUCAUGGUCGUGUAAGUGACAGCGAGUCCACACCAAUUUUUAGACAGUUUUCUGCGUGAUCGGUUUUAUAAUAGUGAUGGACCACUAGGAAAAAUUUAUAUUGAUAUCUAUAAAAUUUAUAUAAUUGUAUAAUCAUGGAGUUUUAUUUGCUUGUGUGUCUUGUUUGCGUGUGUGUCUUGUUUGCGUGUGUGUCUUGUUUGCUUGUGUGUCUUGUUUGCUUGUGUGUCUUGUUUGCUUGUGUGUCUUGUUUGCGUGUGUGUCUUGUUUGCUUGUGUGUCUUGUUUGCUUGUGUGUCUUGUUUGUGUAAAUUUCCCCCAGGACCCAGAUGUGUGGGUAUUUUAAGACCAGGAGCCAAGAGUUCAAAGAUCAAAUAGGAUAAUAUGCUUUCAUAUCAGCUGGAGAAUAAUGAAUGACAAAACUUGCACACAAAAAAGGAGAUACAUAUGGAUUUCAAGUGGGGGGAAAAAAGAUUGAUGUUCAUUUUUUUUGUUUACCUUAAAUCAUGUUUUGCCCAACACACUUGGCAAUCCUUCUAACCAUCCUUUUUAAAUUUAAAUAUAAAAAUCAUUAUUGACUUUACCCUUUCCCCUUAUGUUAUUUUAUUUUGAUUGAAUAUCUUAAUAGUUGGUCAGAGCUCCAAGUCUGGCCGCAAGGAGCCUUAGUGAAGCAUGUGAGGGGACUGUUCAAGGCUGAAGGCAUCAAUGUAACAGCUGAGCCUGGUAACAGUCUACACAGUAGAUUUUAUGUAAGUGGAUAAACCAUAUUGUAAACCGCUGACCUAAGUGCAGUAAAAGACAAAUUAAUGAUGUUCAGGUUGACUUACUAAGAUUUUGUGUGACAUGGAAAUUGUUUAUCAAAACUGUUUGAAGAAACCAGUAUGUUAAAUGUAUAUUUAUUUGGAAAAAUAAGCGUACUUUCAUUGUCUGUAACAAAUGCUGUAUGUUUUAUCCACAGCUUCUGUUUCAUCAGCCUAUGUGUUAAUAAAUGCUGUAUGUUUUAUCCACAGCUUCUGUUUCAUCAGCCUAUGUGUUAAUAAAUGCUGUAUGUUUUAUCCACAGCUUCUGUUUCAUCAGCCUAUGCGAGUGAUGAACUGGCUUGUUUUUCUCACUUGUCUUGUGGUUGGCUACCAGUUCUUCUGUCUUGUUCAGAGCUCAGAGUGGAGCCAUGUGGUUUCACUGGCUUUGCUGAUGUUCUGUAAUUUCUACACCCUUUUCAAGCUGAUGAGAGACUGGUUCGUCAUGGGCAAAGUGUACAAAGAUCAUGAUUACGGAUUAUCAAAUUAAAACUGAUUGUAAAAAUUC